AUGAACAAUAACUUCUGCCGGGCCCUGGUGGACCGGAGACCCGUGGCGCCCCCCAGCUGCAUGCAACUGGGCAUCGUGCCCCCUUCCCGGCAGACGCCCUUGCCCCCGGCAGAGCCCCUGGGCAACGUGCCCCUCCUGCUGUACGCUGGCCACGCCGAGCCCACGUACUACGACGCCUACACGGGCGUGUUCCCCUACGUGCCCUUCCCGGGCGCCUUCGGGGUCUACGACUACCCCUUCGAGCCCGCUUUCAUCCAGAAGCGCAACGAGCGCGAGCGGCAGCGGGUCAAGUGCGUCAACGAGGGCUACGCGCGUCUCCGCGGCCACCUCCCCGGUGCCCUGGCCGAGAAGCGGCUCAGCAAGGUGGAGACCCUGCGUGCCGCCAUCCGCUACAUCAAGUACCUGCAGGAGCUGCUGGGCGCGGCCCCCGACGGCGCCGGGCCCGCCCCCGGGCCGCCCCCCGGCUCCCGGCCGGACGAGCCCCGCGCGCCCCCCUCCCUGGCGCGAGACUCCUCCGAGUCCUCCUGCUUCUCCUCCUCGCCUUUCUUGGAGUCCGAAGAAUCUAGCCACUGA